UCUGCUCACCUAUCAGAGCCAGUCUCCUGCAAAGCUUGCAUUCAGUCUCUGGAGUGCUUUUCUCCUGCUGUGUCAUUCCGUCCUUCCCCCCUCACUUGGUCUUCCCGUUCCUCUUCUCUCGGCAGCAGGAUUAAAGUACAAGUGUCCUAUUGCUGUUGUGCCCUUGUCUGAGCUUCCUGCCUUUUUUCUCUACUCAGCUCUUCUCCUUGCUCUGGUAUUACACCAAGCAUGGAGAAUGACCGAUCUUGUGAUCACUGCUCCGAGCAGCAGCUUCUUGCUCCUACAGACAGCACGUCUGCCUCUCCCGAGCAGAACGGCCUCGAGGAGCCAAGCAGGGAGAAACCAGCCUCCAGGUCCCAGCUACCCGCUCCAUCUCCCGAGGGCCAACCGACUGCCCAGCCCAAAACGACAGUCUGUGACAUCUCGGAGGAGCUGAGUCGGCAGCUAGAGGACAUUAUUAAAACUUACGGAUCCGCUGCUAGUCUGAUGGAGAAGGAAAGCGCAGCUAAAGGAACUGACAAGCCUGAGAAGGGAGAAUCAGCUGGUAACGAGGAUGCAGAAUACGAAGAUGCAAACGAGGAGAGUGAGAAAGAAAGGACAGCUCCUGGAGAUGCUUCAAGAGCAAAAGAGCCCGGUGGCAGUAAGGAGCAAAAGCUGGAGAAGAAAAUCCUGAAAGGACUAGGGAAGGAAGCCACCCUACUGAUGCAAAGCUUAAACAAGCUGAAUACACCAGAGGAGAAGCUGGACCUGUUAUUUAAGAAGUAUGCUGAGUUGCUCGAAGAACAUCGUGCUGAGCAGAAGCAGCUCAAGUACCUACAGAAGAGACAGGCACAGAUCAUCAAAGAGAAGGACCAGCUGCAGAGCGAGCACAGCCGAGCCAUCCUCGCCCGCAGCAAGCUCGAGAGCCUGUGCCGGGAGCUCCAGAGACACAACAAAACCCUCAAGGAAGAAACGAUUCAACGAGCACGGGAGGAAGACGAGAAGAGGAAAGAAAUAACUAAUCAUUUCCAGGGCACGCUUAGCGAAAUCCAGGCUCAGAUCGAGCAGCAAAGCGAAAGGAACAUGAAGCUGUGCCAAGAAAACACGGAGCUGGCGGAGAAACUGAAGAGCAUCAUUGAUCAGUACGAGCUCAGGGAAGAGCACCUUGAUAAAAUAUUUAAGCACAGAGAACUUCAGCAGAAACUGGUGGAUGCCAAGUUGGAGCAGUCUCAGGAAAUGAUGAAGGAAGCAGAGGAGCGACACCAGAAGGAGAAGGAAUAUCUCCUGAACCAAGCUGCAGAGUGGAAGCUCCAGGCCAAAAUGUUAAAGGAACAAGAGACUAUCCUACAGGCACAGAUCACUCUCUACUCUGAAAGGUUUGAAGAAUUUCAGAAAACAUUGACCAAAAGCAAUGAAGUGUUUGCCAGUUUCAAACAGGAGAUGGAGAAAAUGACAAAGAAAAUGAAGAAGCUGGAAAAGGAUACUGCUACAUGGAAAUCCAGAUUUGAGAACUGUAACAGAGCAUUACUGGACAUGAUUGAAGAGAAAGCCAUGAGGUCCAAGGAAUAUGAGUGCUUCGUGUUGAAAAUCCAGAGGCUAGAGAACCUUUGCAGAGCUCUGCAGGAAGAGAGGAAUGAAUUGUACAAAAAAAUAAAACAAGCCCAGUUCCCUGAUGAGACGAAUGAAAAUGACAUCUCAGAAGAAGACACUGAUACGAGCCCCUCCUCCCCUGAGAAGGCUAGUAAUGAGCUGCCCACUAAUGAUGAGAACAUGCUGAAGGAUCUAGCUGAAGCUUUCAGGGUGUCCCAUAGUGCAGAGAAGUCCCUCCCAAGUGAGAACAGCACUGCAGAGACCUGUGACACUCAAACAUGUGAUGCUCUUUCUCUCAUGGCACCAGAGGUCGCCUCUCAUCUCACCCCAUGGUCAGAGGCCAGGAGCUGUUCUGAGCAGCCCAGCACAAGCGCACCAACACCUGCUGAACAUGUGCCAGUGCCUGCUGGGAGCACACCAGUACCAACUGAAAACAUGACAACGCCCACCGAAAACAUGCCAAAGCCCACCGAAAGCAUGCCCACGCUCCCAGAAAGAGUGCCAACACCCAUAGAAAGUGCACCUAUACCACCCAAGAGUGUGCCAGUAUCCACCGAGAAUAUGCCAAAGCCCACUGAAAACAUGCCAGCAACACCCAAAAGCAUGCCAAUACUCACUCAAAACAGGCCCGCUCCCCCUGGCGAUAUGCCAAUGUCCACAAAAAGUGUACCAAAAGCUGCAGAAUAUGUGGAAGAUCCAGUGGAGCAGCCUGUUCAAGGUCAGUCCACAGAGCAAGCAGGCGAUACAGACAUGGAAGCAGUAGACUGAAGUCACUGGUAUGUUCAAGCUCGUCUUCUACAAAUCACAGCUCUAUUUUGUCCCCAAAUCUGAAAUCAUAUAUAUAUAUAUAUAUAUAUAUAUAUAUAUAUAUAUAUAAAAGUAAAAAGUGAGUGCUGAAACACUCAUACAUAUCCGUAGACAUAAGCAAUGCACUUCUCUUUGCUACCACUAUCCAGAAAUAAUGAGUCUGCAAAUUUUGGUAAUCUCAUCUGCUCGAAGCGUAGUAUUUUUUGUUAAUGACAGGAAAAUAUAACAAAAUGACAAGGUCUUUUUUUUCCCCAAGCAUAAUGAGUUACCUUAUUCAACAAAAUAAUUUUAAGCUAUUGAAGAUUCAUGUUCCAAAAAUCAUUGCAAUUCACACACAUAUUUUUAAAAUCUCUAAAUUAAUUGUAUCAAUUUGAUAUGAUGCUGCACAGAAGAUGCCCAACUUGGACACCCAGCAAUUUUAAUAAAUUAGAUGAAAGGAAUCUGUGGUCACAAAGUAAAAUAAUGAAACCCUCUACAUGGUCAGACAUAUGCAAGGAGAGGUGCAGAAAAAAAAGGUGUAUUUUUGUAAAAAUAAACUGCCACUCGACGUUGUGUGAAUUGAACACCCACACACUCUUAGCCUUACCUUGAACUGUGUCUUCUGGUUAGUGCUCUAAAAGUGGUUUAGUUUUCAACAGAACCACAGGGGAAGAAAGAAUAAUUUUCCUAGCUUCCUCACAAAAGGACUGAAAAUAACGAAAAUUCCCAAAAUGAAGGCAAUUCCCAAAGCAAGGGUCACAACCCUCCUUCUGCAUCUAACAGAAAUCUACUAGCUUAUCAUAUCAUUUGGAGUCAUGAGCUCAACAGAGGGGCUCAUAUCUAUUUCCAGCCCACAAAUGAGCUCAGAAGUUGGAAUUUCAGAAGUUAGGUACAGAUCCUGAUGUAGGCCAAGAGCAGAAGGCAGGGGGCAAGCUACACCAGAAGGAAUCCCAGAAGACAGCCCUGAGACUGUGCUUUAAUACAGCGUAAUCUCUCCCAGUCGCAGCCAUAUGAACCUCUGUCCACUGAAACUUUCCUCUGGCCUUGCUGCACGUGUUGAUGAACCUCGGGACAGGGGGGCACGCUUGUUACCCCGUUUGUUGGAGUGGAAGAGAAGCAAAUAGGUACCGGUAAAGCAGGAAUCCCUCUUACAGACACCUUUAGGGACCAGCUACAUUCUUGUCCACUCUCACAUCUAACCAGCUCUUCUCAUUUGCCUGCCAACACACCAUUGCUUAAUAUUUAAGCCACCUUAUAAAAACUGUCAAGCCAGAAACAGGCUGAUUCUGGCAUGAAGAGCAAAGAUGAAGAAGGAAGGGAAUAAGACAGCUGAAUGGUCUCAAGCAAUAACAGUAAGAAAGCUUUGGGGGAGAAGGUUAAUAAAUCCUGUUGAGCCAUUUCCUGUUUCUUAUCCCCUUCCUCUAAAUUCAGUCUAACCCUUUUGGAUUCUGAUCUGAAGAGCAUAAGAAUCUGAGAAGGCUGAUUAAAUGAGACAUCCAGAUGCUGGAAAAGGAAACGUUACAAUCAGACAAACCCAUGUAUAUAGACAAAUCCCCCAAAGCCCCUGAAGAGCUCUAGAAAAUAACUCAUUCAAACUGAAGUUGAAACACAGAUGAUCUGGGAGAAAGCAUGCCAUUUUUGGGUGACUGUGGUCACAGAGUCCUUGUUGCAGGCCACCCUCCAAAACUGAGUUUUAACUUUUUGCUUAUUACCAAUGCGCAUUCUGGCUGAUUUUCUCUGUGUCUGCACUGCUUGGCCCAUCCUUUUGGAAAGCUAACCAUUCAAAUACACAGAGUACAAUCUGAAACAGUUAGUUGUUUUGAUAUGGGCUUUUUAGUAGCUAUUAUGGCUACAGUUUUCCAAUGCCUUAUCUUAGACACUAAAACUGAUGGGAUUUGUUUCAUGUCUCUAAUUACCUGAGAGUGGAUCAUUCAAGACUUAGUUAUCCUAAGAUCUUUUAUCAGUAAUGGAGAAGAAUAGACAUCUUUUGAGGACAAGUCAUUUGAUGGUAAAACUGGCAUCUAAGAUAGAGGAAAUGAUUUACUCUCUGAAGAUGUUAUUUCUCUCUACUGAUUCCAGAGCCAGACUAAUACAAAUAGCUUAGAUUUAAAAUGAAAACUCUUAGAUGUCUAAAUUAGGCAAGAUUAAUUCUGUCAAACAUUCAUAUUUAAGGCACUAAGCAAACAGUCAUCUCUGAAAAUCAAGCCACUUUUGUGCCUAGCAUUAAAAAUGUAAACCCAUAACUAAUCUUUUACUAAGAUAAAAAACUAUACUCAUUUGAUUUACUUUCUUUAGUUUCCAUUGAUUCAAAUCUAGUUUCCACUACAAGUUUUGUUUGUUGUUAGAGUGUCUUUUUUAAAUUAAUGUAAUUUAUAUACCCAUUAAAUGUUUUCUUUUCUUGGU